AUGACUGAAAAGAAACAGAAACUAAUAGAUCAAUCUCCAUUUGAUAAAGAAAUAAGUGAAUUUUUUAAAAACAAUCCAAGUAGAGAAUUAAGCUAUAAUGAAUUACAAGAUAACAAAAAGAUGUUGAUAAUAAAUGGUGUGUUAACACGAGAGAUUAAUAGUGAAAGUUUUAUAAAAAAUCUUUAUAAAACUUUUAUUGAAUAUAAAAAGAGUCCACUUGAGCCACUUAAGUUUGAUAAUAAGAAUCCAACUCAUCUUUAUUAUCAAAUUUCUAAAUUAUUUAAAUAUUUAGACAUGUUACUUACAUCAUCAGUAAUUACAAAAUGUGAAGAGGAUAUUGUAGGGAGAAUAAGCAGUAUUAUCAGAGAAUAUUAUGUUGAAAUGCACCAGCAAUUUAUAGAAAGUAAAAAUCCUACAAUAUUAAAACAAAUUUAUUUUCCUGAUUCAAAAUCACUUUCAUUUCAUUUCAUUUUUAAUCAAAAUUUAAAUGAUGAAUUUUCUAAAUUGUAUGCCAAGUUUAAACAAGUUUAA